AUGCCGCCACCAGGACUAUCCAGCCAGACAACUCUCAAGCGCAUUCACCGCGAGAUUGCGGACCUGAAGAAGGAGGACUUGAAUGGAAUCAAGCUGGCACCAGACGAGACCAACGUCUACCUGUGGAGGGCCACAAUUCCUGGACCAGAGGGGAGCCUGUACGAGGGAGGAUCCUUUGAUGUGGAAAUCCACUUGCCAGCAGAUUACCCGUUCUCGGCACCCAAAUUGGCUUUCAAGACGAGAAUAUACCAUAUGAACAUCUCCGACGCGGGCCACAUCUGCUUGGAUAUCCUCAAGGGCAACUGGUCUCCCGCACUUUCCCUCUUCAAGGUCAUCCUCUCCUUGUCGUCACUCUUGACGGACCCAAAUCCAGAUGACCCUCUCGUGGCUCUGAUAGCCCAACAGUACAAGGUUCGCCGCAAGGAGCAUGACGAGACUGCGCGCGCCUGGACACGACUAUACGCCAUGGGUACCCUCGACAAGGGCAAGGGCAAGAUGAUCGCACCUCCCGCACCCCUCCCCCGCACACGACCGCCCCGCCCUCGCGUCGCUCGACCUCCUGCCCCAAGCGACGUGAUCGUGGUGGACGACUCGGACGACGAGCGCUCAGCGUCGGGGAGGACGCGCAAGCGCAAACGGGGCGCGGUGGCGGAUGGGGAAGUGAUCGACCUGGUGGACGAGGAUGAGGAGCCGGCGCGCAAGAGGCCCGUGCGUACGGGCAGUAUUGCAGGGCCGCCGGAUGGAGGAGAUGGUCGCGGACGAGACUCAUCGCCAAUUCUCAUCGAAUAG